AUGCACAUGCUCGCGAGAGGCAUCCCCGAAGUGCAGGGCGCAGAGGCAGCCCACCAUCCCCACUGCGUGGGCACCCCACAGCAGCAAGGGCAGGGCUGUCCCAGAGGAUCGCCGCGGGGUGACGAGGGGGGGGGCAGGGUGCCCCAGCACCAUCCCGCCGCUGCGACCCCUUCCUCCUCCUCCUCAUCCUCCUCGUCCUCUGGCCGGGCACCCCUUGACUGGCUCCUCACCGACCGGGGACCCUUCUACCGAGCCCAGGAUUAUGUGGACUUCAUGGAGCGCUACCGGCAGGGUUUCACCACCAGGUACAGGAUCUACAGAGAGUUUGCUCGCUGGAAGGUGAAUAAUUUGGCCUUGGAGAGGAAAGACUUCUUCAGCCUGCCACUUUCCCUGGCCCCCGAAUUCAUCCGCAACAUCCGUCUGCUGGGGCGGCGGCCCAGCCCCCAGCAGAUCACUGACAGUCUCAUCAAAAAGUAUGGGACCCACUUCUUGCUCGCCGCCACACUGGGAGGAGAGGAAUCCCUGACCAUUUUUGUGGACAAGCGCAAGCUGAGCCGGAGGGCAGAGCCCGCUGGGGGGGCCGGGAACAGUUCGGGGGUCUCGCUGGAGACCCUGCACCAGCUGGCAGCCUCCUACUUCAUCGACCGGGAGAGCACGCUGCGCAGGCUCCACCACAUCCAGAUCGCCACGGCCGCCAUCAAGGUGACCGAAACACGGACAGGGCCACUUGGCUGCAGCAACUACGACAACCUGGACUCGGUGAGCUCCGUCCUGGUGCAGAGCCCCGAGAACAAAGUGCAGCUCCAGGGGAUGGCCAGGCUGGGGGUGCUCCCCUCCUACCUGCGGGAGCGGUUCGUGUGCAACUGCCCUGAGGCCGACGUCCAGGCGCUGGAGAGCAGCCUGGCCCAGCUGUGGCGAGCCUGGGAGAGCCACCACGGCCAGUUCGAGGAGUCAAAGGAGUUUCAGGCCCUAGUGAAGAGGCUCCCCGGGGACCAUUUCCUGAACAGAACUGCCAUCUCCCACUUCUGGGCCAUGGACCUGGAUGUCCAGCAUCGCUACCAGCAGCUGGGCACCAGCCUGAAGCUGCUCUCCAGGAAAACCCACCGACUCAUCCGGCGGCUCUUCAACCUCAGCAAACGCUGCCACCGGCAACCUCGCUUCAAACUGCCCAAGGAGAGGUCCCUCCCUUACUGGUGGAGCCGUGCGCAGUCACUCCUAUACUGCAGCGAGACCACCAUGCCUGGGACCUUCCUGGAAGAAAGUCACAGCUGCACGUGUCCCUCCGACCAGCCCUCCUGCCAGGGGUCCAUACCAUGUGCCUUGGGCGAGGGGCCAGCCUGCGCCAGCUGUGCCGAGGACAACAGCACCCGCUGCGGGACCUGCAACCAUGGCUACGUGCUCACCCAGGGCUUCUGCCGCCCCGAGGUGGCCGACUCGCUGGAGCACUACCUGGGGCUGGAGACAGACCUGCAGGACUUGGAGCUUAAGUACCUCCUGCAGAAACGGGACAGCCGCAUCGAGGUGCACUCCAUCUUCAUCAGCAAUGACAUGCGCCUCGGGAGCUGGUUCGACCCCUCCUGGAGGAAACGCAUGCUCUUGACCCUGAAGAGCAACAAGUACAAGCCCGGGCUGGUUCACGUGAUGUUGGCACUCUCCCUGCAGAUCUGCCUCACCAAGAACAGCACGCUGGAGCCCGUCAUGGCCAUCUACGUCAACCCCUUCGGGGGAAGCCACUCAGAGAGCUGGUUUAUGCCCGUCAACGAGGGCAGCUUCCCAGACUGGGAAAGGACUAAUGUAGAUGCCUCUGCCCAGUGCCAAAACUGGACGCUUACCUUGGGCAACAAGUGGAAGACCUUCUUUGAAACGGUCCAUGUCUACUUGCGGAGCCGCAUCAAGUCUCUGGAUGACAGCUCCAACGAGACGAUCUACUACGAACCCUUGGAGAUGGCAGAUCCCUCUAAGAACCUGGGCUACAUGAAAAUCAACAGCUUGCAAGUCUUCGGGUACAGUCUGCCCUUUGAACCAGAUGCUAUUCGUGACCUGAUCCUUCAGCUGGACUACCCCUAUACCCAGGGCUCCCAGGACUCAGCCAUGCUCCAGCUGUUGGAGAUCAGGGACCGGGUGAACAGGUUGUCACCCCCUGGCAAAACCCGCCUUGACCUCUUCACUUGCUUGCUCCGCCACAGGCUCAAGUUGGCCAACAACGAGGUGGCGAGGAUCCAGUCCUCCUUGAGGGCCUUCAAUGCCAAGCUGCCCAAUGCAGUACAGCAGGAGACGGGCAAACUGUGCAGCUAA